AUGGUUGAAGUCUGGAAGGAGCGGUCCAGCCAAAGCCAAGACUGGGGGGUAACUCAUAGGGGUGCUGUAGAAAAACAAUUCACCUGGAAUUGCUGGACCAAGGGAUGUUCACCUUUAUACAUCGUGGUGUGGUGUGUGCCCAUCGCGGGGUACUUUGGAUACGUGUUUACGGAGAGCUUGACGCAGGCGGAUUUAUUCCCGGCUCCCAGUGACGCCACGGUAAAUGAGAGUGUGAGCGACCACACAAAGUUCUGCACCAGCUGCAUCUUACUGCUGCACAUAAGGAAUGACGGCUGUUCACAUGUGGAUAGCCAACACGACGUGUUUCUCAGAUGGCUUCUGCUGGCCAGUGCCGUGCUGGUCAUAAUUUGCUGCCUCGUCAUGUACUGCAGGGUGAGCGAUUGGCUCCUGACGUACGAGGAGAGGGCCUUGUUCCCAGUGGAGGGCGACGGCUUCAGCAGGAAGCAUCUCAGGGGCGUGCGUUUCACGGCUCGCUCCAUGGUGCUGGUCAUCGUGCUCUGCUGGUCGCCAGCUCUCCUACUUUUAGGACUGUCAUUCGUGGAGACGGUCCCUCAAGAAAGGCUUUUCCCCCUUUACGUUUUACAGGCCCUCACGGUGUCACUCCAGGGCUUCCUGGACAGCAUCGUUUACGCUUGGCUGCGGCGCAACUUCCGAGAGGCCGUCCUGGGUGAGGGUGUUCCCCUUCUGGCCAGGGUCCCCGAAGCCUUCUUUGACGAUUCACUCUCCAGAGUCCGUUGAACCGGGAACGGGGGUGGGUGGGGAGUCCCACCUCCGCUGACUGAGACU